GGGGUAUAAUGGUUUUUAAAAAAGUGUUCGUGUCUCUCUUUGCAUUAGGUGAUUGUAGGAAAUGCAUUUCGAGUCGAAGCUUUAGGCUGUUAUGGCAAAGGCAACGGGUCACGACGUUAACUUUCCCAUCGAAGCAACGGUUUUGCUUCCGUAAACUUGAGCUCAAUUAAUAGUUUAAUUUAAUAAGAUGAAAAUAGAUGCUGCUAUGGCCAGAUUCGUCUCCCUCAGAGUGCUGCUACCAGGGAGAGACCAUGCACUAGAGUGAGUCUACACCCACCAAACGAGAUCUACAAUGAUAGGGCUUUCAGAGAAGGUCAUGGCCUAGAAGAGAUUUCAACACAGGUGCGUGAAUUUAAUCAGGAUCUGGCUACCUUACGAGGACCCAUCAACGGCGACCACGAGAUCUCACGGCCUGACUUGGAAGAACUUCCUGCUGCAAAAACAAGGUGGGACCUAUGAGACCUUGAGACGGUGAGCACGCACACUCCGUGGGGUGCUUUCUACCCAAGGAUCGGAAGGCGAACCAGACCAAAUUCUUGGCAAGCUGAUCCUGAUUCUCACCAUAGACCCGGGCAGCGACAUCUCUGGUCAAGGAGGGCCCUUUCAACAUGAACGCCCCAACCGGAUACUCUAAAACAUAUAUUCAAACAUCUUUGAGGGAAAUCCUACUGCUUAGAAUGCUCAUACUCACAAGGAAGAUGGGGAGCUCAAUCCCUACUUGUGUCCAAUCGGGCUUAUGGACAGCAAGCUCAGAAAUUUCAGGGAAUUGAAAUCCUACUGCUACAUCGGUUUUAAAUGCUCAUUAGUUUAUACAGAUGAUUAUGAGAUUGUUAGUGAAAGCAUACAUCUUCAUUUCUAAAUGAAAAUCAAUACUAUACAAUUGAACAUUCAUUUCCUCCCAGACCUCUGUGCUCCCUCCCUCUUCUUCUUUUUCCGUUGAAAUAAGUCUGGCAGGAAGCUCUGGUUUUGGUAAAGUGGCAUCAGUGAAUCAGUGACGUACUGACAUGGCAGGUUUUUCUUCUUUCGGCUUUGGGGGUUUUGAGAAGGAGACUGCAGGAUACCGCUAUUCAUCGUCCGCUGAUGAGAUCGACGAUCAAUUGGAAUCCGAGAAGCGUUGCGAUUAUUGGGAACAACAAUUCUGUCAAGUGAGUCACACGCAAUCCGAACGGGCUGCGGUCAAGACGGAUAUGGAGGAGAUGAUCAUCAAGUGUGAUAACAUGAUUCUUGAGGGUGAUGAAGAUGAUCUGUUUCUGGACGAGGAGGUCACGGGCGAGGAAGAGGCUCCGAACAGGAGUCUACGGGCAAAAGAAGACGAAGAAGUGUUGAUCCGUCCCCCUCCUGAGCCACCGCCAAGGAUGAUGCUUGAAGCAGGGAUUCGUUUUCGCUGUCAGUUUAGUUUAUUUAAUUUUGUUUUACUCUCGUUGAGUUUCUUUGACAUGACGAGUUCUGUCGUUGUUGCUUUCUGUAUUGUCGUUUUUAGUCAGACUCUUACAUUAGGUAGGGGUGAUGGAGGUUUUGCUCUAGCCACGUUUGGCUCAUUUAGACCCAUUAUAGGACAAGCGAAUCAUAUUGCUCUAUAUAGGGUGAUUGGUUCUCCAGCUAGUCCGAGGGUCGGUGGCUGGAAGUAUUUCCUUUGUCGUUUGUAUCCCUUGUUGAAUGUUUUAUUAUCAAUAUAAGCCCCUUGUUAAAAA